AUGGAGAGCAGCGUUGAGCAGCUGCCAUCUGCAGUAGCCAGAGGUACACAGUUGAGGGCCCACAAGGCCUCCCUGCAACCAGACUGCAAGCGGAAGCGGCCAAGGCACACGAGCCUGCCUGUCGAAGUGGCUUCGAAGCUGCUCAGCCCCUCCUUCUCCGCGACGGACAGAGAACAACUGCUGGGAGCCAUGGAGGCUCAACGGAUACUGGAGAAGCAUAUAGCCAUCUUCCCACUCAUGAAAAGCCGCAAUCAUUUCUGCCUCAUUGUCCUUGAUAUCAUGUGGGGGCACACGAGUAUGACAGAGUUUGGCCGGAAAUUGUCCAGUCUUCAUCGAGCAAACUUCGCUUCAGAGCCUAAUGUCACCAAAAGGAACGACCCAAGAGACUCGGGCGUUCUGUGCUGCAUGCUGGCCACCCAGUUGGCGGAGGGCUGUUCCCCAGUAGCCUCGGAAGGAGAUGCGGCCAAUUUCAGAAAGCAAAUGGUGUUGAAGCUCGACUUUGCUGGGCGCUGGCGGCGGGAGAGUGUAGUUGAGGAGCUAUGA